AUGUAUCAUAGCCUGUGUGAACCAUUCAAUGUAUUGAGAAACUAUUUACCCGAUGAAUUAGAUAAACCUACAGGACGUGAUUUUCAUGGUUUAGGUAAUAUUAAGAAUUAUUGCCCUAAUGUAGGUUCAGAAAAUAAAUGUGGGACUGAUCUCGAUAAAACUAAGGCUGGAUUUUUAUGGUUAUUUGAACAAAUUAUUGUUAAUAAUAUUGAUAGUUUAAGUAAAGAAGAGACUAAAGGGUUUAUUAUAUACAUUAUGAUAUGGUUCAAUUAUAUGUUAAACCUAAAGAAUGUUAAUAACAUCAACAACAUAAAUGAUUUUUAUACUAAAUAUACAGUGAAUAAUACGAAUUUUACUAAUUGUAAUGAAGGUGGUAAAGAUUGUAAUAGUACAUUAAAAGAUAAAACGGGAUAUAAUAAUUUUAAGGAGUUCAUAGAAGCAAACAAAUGUUUGUUGAAUAUUAAAUUUGAAGAUCCUUCUAAAUUGUAUGACUCAUUUAAAUUAUUAUGUAAUAUGUUUUAUGAAGUUAAUGCAAACAAUCCAGAUUCCGAGAAAUAUUUAAAAAUAGCUAACCAAUUUGUUGAAAACUAUAAAAAACUUAAUGGAUAUUCUAAUAUUAUUGAAGAUAGUCCCUAUUAUCAAGUAUUGUCUAUAUUAUCAAAUGAUUAUAAUAAUAUUAUAAACGAAUGUAUUAGCAAUAUGUUUAAUUGUACAAAUUUCCCAUCCCUUCCAACAUAUUCACGAAGAUCAGUAAUAAAAAAUACACUAAUUUCAAUUGCAUUUAUAUUUGCUUCAGUAUCAAUUUUCUUGGGUAUUGCUUAUAAGUAUUCGUUAUUUGGAUUUCGGAAACGAUUUCAAAAACAAAAAUUAAGAGAAAAAUUAAAAAAUAUAAAGAAGAAAAUGAAUCAUUAA